CUAACUUGUUAGUAACGUAGAAUACAUUGAUAUCACUGAUUGGAUUUCAAAUUUUAAGUAUAUUAUAUAUAUAAAAUUAAGAUCAAAGAUAAAUAUAAGUCAUCUUUCAAAUACAGUAACAAAUUUAUUGGGAUACUGAACUCUAAGAAAAGAAAAUGCCUGAAAACAUUAAUCAUUCAGGUCCAUUCAUAGGAGCAAUUGAUGAAGGAACAAGUAGCGCUAGGUUUUUAGUAUUUGAUGUCUUACAUGGAAAAGUAGUAGCAUCACACCAAAUUGAAAUUAAACAAAAGUAUCCACAAGAAGGAUGGGUGGAACAAGAUCCAAAAGAGAUCUUACAAGCUGUUAUAGAAUGUAUCAAAAAAACAAUAGAAAAAUUGAAAGAUAUUGGUAUGAGUGUGUCAGAUAUCAAAGCAGUUGGGAUUACUAAUCAACGAGAAACAACUUUAAUGUGGGAUAAACAUACAGGGGAGCCAUUACACAAUGCAAUAGUAUGGCUGGAUAUGAGAACUACUACAACCUUAGAAGAUAUAUUAGAUAGUGUACCCAAUAAAACAAGAAAUAAAAAUUAUUUGAAACCUCUUUGUGGUCUUCCAAUGUCACCAUACUUUAGUGCUCUCAAAAUACGUUGGCUUAUUGAUAAUAUACCAUGUAUUAAGCAUGCAGUAGAUGAAAAGAGAUGUGCUUUUGGAACAAUUGAUACAUGGCUUAUUUGGAAUCUUACCAAAGGACAGUUACAUGCAACUGAUGUUUCAAAUGCAUCUCGCACUAUGUUAAUGAAUAUUGAAUCAUUAAAAUGGGAUUCUUUAUUAUGUCGAUUUUUUGGAAUUCCACAACAUAUACUGCCUGAAAUACGAUCUAGUGCUGAAGUAUAUGCAACAAUUUCAAAUCCAGAAGUUCUUGCUGGUGUGCCUAUAGCAGGGUGUAUAGGUGAUCAGCAAGGAGCACUUCUUGGUCAAUUAUGUUUAAAACCUGGACAGGCAAAGGCUACUUAUGGAACUGGAUGUUUUUUACUUUAUAAUACUGGAAAUGCUAAAGUAGAUUCAACUCAGGGUCUUAUAACAACUAUUGCAUAUAAAAUAGGUAAAGCCCCAGCAAUUUAUGCAUUAGAAGGUUCAGUAGCUGUAGCUGGCGCAGCUUUAUCGUGGUUACGCGAUAAUAUUCAACUAUUUAACAAUAUUACACAGUCUCAAGACAUGGCAGAACGUGUGAGAUGUUCUGGAGAUGUAUAUUUUGUACCUGCAUUCUCUGGUUUAUAUGCACCAUAUUGGCAACAAGAUGCACGAGGAGUAAUUUGCGGCAUUACCGAAGAUACGAAACAACACCAUAUUAUUCGAGCAGCAUUAGAAGCUGUUUGUUUUCAGACCAGAGAUAUUUUAGAAGCAAUGAUUAAAGAUUCAGGAACAAAACUAACAACUUUACAAGUUGAUGGUGGAAUGACUGUAAAUAAUUUGCUUAUGCAGCUGCAAGCUGAUUUAACAGGGAUAAGUGUUGUACGACCAAAUAUGGUGGAAACAACAGCAUUAGGGGCAGCUAUAUUAGCUGGUGUUGGAAUUGGAGUUAUUGAUGUGAAUGAUGUAGAUACAUCACAAGUUACAAAAUUUACACCAACUAUUGGAGAAGAUGAAAAAGAUUUAAGAUAUUCUAAAUGGAAAAUGGCUGUUGAAAGAUCUAUGAAGUGGGAUUGUUCUACUAGUUUAAUAAAUAAUUAAAAUAAAAUAGCA